AAGAAGUUAGAAGACCUAUCAGUCUUCCGGUGCUGCUGAUAUUGGUUGCUUUCGUAGGUUGUGGACCAAAUGUCAGAGGAACUCUCUUAAAACAUCUUUUGGAUGUAUAGCAACAUUUAUUAUGGCUGUUGCAAUGAGUUCUACCUGUCCGGGCCUUUACUGCGGGAAAAUCCUGAUGGCCAAUGGAUCAAUUGAAGGAGAGUGUGGGGUAUGUCCAAGGGGGGAGAGGACAAAUAUGCAGAAGAUUUGUGAGAAAUGCGGCGAGACUCCAGACCUCUAUGACUGGCUCUACCUGGGCUUCAUGGCGAUGCUUCCGCUGGUCCUACACUGGUUCUUCAUAGAGUGGUACUCUGGGAAGAAAAGUUCCAGUGCACUUUUUCAGCACAUCACCGCCCUGUUUGAGUGCAGCGCGGCUGCACUGGUCACCCUGCUGGUGAGCGACCCCGUGGGUGGGCUGUCCAUCCGAUCCUGCCGUGUCCAGAUGCUCUCUGAUUGGUAUACCAUGCUCUACAAUCCAAGCCCGGACUACGUCACCACCUUACACUGCACCCAGGAAGCUGUGUUCCCGCUAUACACAAUAGUGCUGAUCUACUACGCUUUCUGCCUGGUGUUCAUGAUGAUGCUGAGGCCACUCCUGGUGAAGAAGAUUGCCUGUGGUCUGGGGAAGUCCGACCGCUUCAAGAGCAUCUAUGCUGCUCUCUACUUCUUCCCCAUUCUCACGGUGCUGCAGGCGGUGGGAGGAGGCCUUCUGUAUUAUGCCUUUCCAUACAUUAUUCUUGUUUUGUCUCUGGUCACACUGGCGGUAUACAUGUCCGCUUCAGAAAUACAGUCUUUCAAAAACCUUGUCGCCAAGAAGAAGAGACUGGUGGUGCUGUUCAGUCAUUGGCUCCUCCAUGCUUAUGGCAUUAUCUCCAUCUCCCGAUUGGAUAAGCUGGAGCAAGAUCUGCCCUUAUUGGCCCUUGUGCCUGGCCCUGCUCUCUUCUACCUGCUCACAGCCAGGUUCACUGAACCUAAUAGGAUAAUAUCAGAGGGAGGCAAUGGGCACUGACCACCGGUUAGGAGGUUUCGCAGUGUCCACUGGAGUCGCAGUCUGUCAGGAAAUCAAGGCUUGAAAUAUGAAGGCAGUGGGCCUUGUGGCUUUGGUGAUCCAGAAGGACUUGCUCACUUGUCUCAGAGGGUUGCACUGCAAAGAUGGCUGUUCUUAUGUCGUUUCUGAUGAACAAAUGUACAGUGUUGGUCACAGUAGUUGUUGAAUGGUAUGGGUGGAAUUAUAUUUCAAGCGUAUUCUUGUUUUGAAGACGUGCGUUUGUAAGGGAUUUUAAAAUUAAAGUAAUUGAUUUAAGAGUCUCCUUCCAGAGAAGAAAUGGCAUAUUUAUAAUGUAACUUUCAAACUGUUCACUGUCAUUGUACAUAACUGUAAAGAAUAUUUUAUUUAUAUUGCAAGUAUUGUAUGUUGUUAAAUGGUAUUUAAGUGUAUUUUGCUGGAUCUCUAAGCUUUUACCUAUAAAAAGUGAGAAUGUUCUGUUGAAGCAUUAUCCCUCCAAACAUUUAUAUUGUAAGUGUUCACUGUUGUGUUAAUGAUUAUACUUGAGUGAGUACAAAAAUGUAUAUCUAUGUAUCACAGUUUAAGCAGUUAAUUCUUAGACAGAAUGAAGAGUAUGUAAAACACAGUGCCAAAAAUAUUCUGCUUCAUUGCUUGCAGUAUGUGCAUACACAGAUGUGAAAGACAGACAGGAAAUGGAGGUGCUGAAAAAAAGCAUAAAACAGCUUUCAUAAAGCAUGUAAUUCCACAUUGUUUCUGGUGAAUGUGAGUUUGGCAGUCCCAGUUGGUCAGUCUUUGGUUUUAGUCUGAUCUAGUAAUACAAAUUUGAAUCUGUUAACUGCAUGUCUUAUUUCUAUUUCUUCUCUCUGUUAACUACACGAAUGGUGGACCCCGAAUGUUUCCAGGGUUAUUUGAAUGUCACAAAUGUGGUCUUUGUUUUGCGCUGACUGUCUUUGGAACACCCCUAGUUAUCCGUGUCAGAUCUAUUUCAAACGUGGAUUCUUUUGUUUUACAUAAAUACUCACACCAUAUAAAAUGAAAACACUUCA